CGUCGCCCAGGAAUCGGACGUGAGGAGGUGGAAGGUCCUGAAAAAGCAGCCUCAGCAGCAGCAACAGCAGAAAGCAUCAGAAAGGGGAAUCCCCACAAACCCAACAGAAAUGCCCUGGACUGGAGCACGUUCGCUGUGGCAGCACUGCCGUCGGAGCUGGCGGAGAUGUGGCCACGGCAACAGGAGUGGCAUCCAGCUAUCGGUGGCCUGGACUCGAUAUCAAAGGAUUCCGUAAUUUUGGAAUCUGGUACCGCUUGGGAGGAGGCCUCAGAGUCUCUCCCCUGCUAUUAUAUCUCUCAAUGAACCUAAAGAAUAUCAUAGCAACAUCAUAUCAAUCCAUAUCGAUCUAGACCCUAUGAUUAGCCAAUUGUUUUAAUUGUGGUUUUGUUUCUACUUUAAUUGGAAAACAAAUGUGAUUUUUAUAAUAAAAUGAGAAACCUAUCAUAACAAUAACACUUAAAUGUAUUAUUUAUUGAUUCUUAAAAGUAUAAAUUAUAAAGUUUGUCUGUGUAUAAAAUCUUUAAAGCUUUUCAGUUUUAAAUUUGAUCAGAGGGCAAAAUUCGAAAUCGAUCAUAAGUAUGCCAAAAAUGCAUUAAUUGUGUUAGUUAGUUAUAUAAAGAUUCUGAUUAAGAAUAUAAAUAAGGUCGGAAAUGACACCUUCAAAGUUUGUAAGCUUCCGACUAAAAUUAUAAUAUUUAGUAAGUUACUUAAUUUUUCAUUGGGCUAUACCUGUUAUCGAUUAAUUAAAUGGUCUCUUAACCAGAGUUAUGCUAA